AACUCAUAAAAACAGCUACCAUCUUCAAAACACACACACACACACACUAACCAAAAGAUGGUGAAGGGGAAGGAAGAAGAGAAGGGAGCGGAGAGAAAUGAAGGGGAAGUAGUAGUGGUAACUCCAAAGCCCAACAAAGGAUUAACAUCAAAAGCCAUUGACUGGCUUGAAACUUUGAUCAUCAAGUGCAUGUAUGACCCUUCUGCACCUCAUCACUGGCUUUCUGGUAACUUUGCUCCCAUUCUCGACGAGACUCCUCCUUGUACUAAUCUCCCUGUCAUUGGUCAUCUUCCGGAGUGUCUGAAUGGCGAGUUUGUCAGGGUUGGUCCGAAUCCGAAGUUCCCCCCUGUGGCUGGUUAUCACUGGUUUGAUGGAGAUGGCAUGAUUCAUGGACUACGCAUUAAAGAUGGAAAAGCUACUUACGUCUCUCGCUAUGUGAAAACAUCUCGUAUGAAACAAGAAGAGACUUUUGGAGGAGCUAAAUUUAUGAAGCUUGGAGAUCUUAGGGGACUAUUUGGUCUAUUUAUGGUUAACAUGCAAAUUCUCAGAGAAAAAUUAAAAGUAUUGGAUAUGUCAUAUGGAUUUGGAACAGCUAAUACGGCUAUGAUUUAUCAUCAUGGUAAACUAAUGGCUCUUAAUGAGGGCGACAAACCAUAUGCCAUUAAAGUGUUCGAAGAUGGAGAUUUGCAAACCCUUGGUUUGCUGGAUUAUGACAAGCGGCUAACACAUUCAUUUACUGCCCAUCCAAAGGUUGACCCAUUUACCGGUGAAAUGUUUACCUUUGGCUACUCACAAACACCUCCAUAUAUGACAUACAGAGUGAUUUCCAGGACUGGUGUUAUGGAUGAUCCUGUGCCAAUAACAUUAGCAGACCCCGUGAUGAUGCAUGACUUUGCCAUUACUGAAAAUUACGCAAUAGUCAUGGAUCUACCCUUAUUCAUCAAACCCAAGGAAAUGGUGAAGGAAAAGAAGCUGAUAAUCACUUUUGAUGCAACUAAAAAGGCCCGCUUUGGUAUCCUUCCACGAUAUGCUAAGAAUGAGCUGCUAAUAAAAUGGUUUGAGCUCCCAAAUUGCUUUAUAUUUCACAAUGCCAAUGCUUGGGAGGAAGGAGAUGAAGUUGUCUUAAUCACCUGUCGUCUUGAGAAUCCAGACUUUAUUAUAAAUAAUGGGGAUAUGAAAGAGAAGCCCGAGAAUAUUCAUAAUGAAUUGUUCGAGAUGAGAUUUAACAUGAAGAGUGGUCUAGCUUCCCAGAAGAAACUCUCAGCAUCUGCUGUUGAUUUUCCUCGGAUAAAUGAGAGCUAUACUGGCAGAUCUUUUCAUAAAGUACUCGAUAAUCAUCUUGAUCAAUUCAGGAAACAACAAUAUGUGUAUGGAACUAUACUGGACCAAUCUGCAAAGAUCACUGGGAUUGUCAAAUUUGAUUUGCACAUGAACCCAGAAGCGGGGAAAAGAAAGCUUGAAGUUGGAGGAAACAUUCAAGGUAUCUUUGACCUGGGAGUUGGUGGAUUUGGUUCAGAGGCCAUCUUUGUCCCUCGUCAGCCUGGAGUUACUUCUGAAGAAGAUGAUGGCUACUUAAUUCAUUUUGUACACAAUGAGAACACUGGAAGAUCAGCAGUCAAUGUGAUUGAUGCGAAAACAAUGUCACCUGAUCCCGUUGCAGUUGUUGAAUUACCGAACAGAGUUCCUUAUGGAUUCCAUGCCUUCUUUCUGACGGAGGAACAACUUCAAGAACAAGCCAAACGGUAGAAAGCCUGAGCCUUGCAGAACCAGAUAAGUAGCAAGGGCUCUGUGACUUGCAUACCUGUAAUCUCAAAAUUUGUGUGAUAUCUCUUUGUACGGACAAGAGAGUUGCAGAACCACAUGAGUAACGAGGUCUCUUUGACUUGCAUACCUUUAAUCUUAACAUUUGUGUAAUAUCUGUUUGUACAAAGGGGUAUAUAAGUUUAUGUUGUGUCUAACGAGUAAAAAAUAAUUACAUA